UCUCAGCUGAAGGCCCGUAAACAUCUGACAACAUGCCGCUGUCGCGGGUCUCCUACUCGCGUUUACACCCGAACAACGCAUUUCUCAUGAAAGCAAGAGGCUCGUGGAUUUAUUAAACACCACUGGGGCGUUAAGUGCGUCGUUGUAUGUAAUUCAAUCAUGAUUAUCGAAUAUUGAGGCGCGUAACGCGGUCGAGACGCACAAAGAGAGAGAUUAUGGAGUGAGCGCGCGACGCACGGCCGCGAUAAUCAUUAUUUUACUAACGAUAAUAAAUCAUAUUAUGGCGUCUGUGAUACAGGCGUGUCGUAGUUUGGCUCUUUCCACCUGGCUGCUGUCCUUCUGUUUCGUGCAUCUGCUGUGUUUGGACUUCACGGUGGCGGAGAAAGAGGAAUGGUACACGGCGUUCGUCAACAUAACGUACGUGGAUCCGGACACGACCAAGGUCCGGACUGAGAAAACGGAGUGCGGCCGUUACGGGGAGCACUCGCUCAAACGCGAGGCCAGAGGCGUGUUGGUGAUGCCCGCCGCAACGCAGGACAGACAUGCGUGUGACCCCAACACCAGAUUCACGCCGGGCGGACACGGCGCGUGGAUCGCUCUCAUCGGCACGGGAAACUGCACAUUUAAAGAAAAAAUCAGACAUGCCGUGGGACACAACGCAUCAGCCGUGGUCAUCUUCAGCGUGGGGUCUCCCAACCCUAAUGAGACCAUUACCAUGCCGCAUCCAGACACCGGUGAUGUGGUCGCCAUCAUGAUUCCUGAACCGAAGGGUCGUGAAUUGGUUCUUCUCCUGGAGAGGAACAUCACCAUUCACAUGCACAUCACCAUAGGAACACGGAACCUCCAGAAAUACGUCAGCCGCACCUCCGUGGUCUUCGUCUCCAUCUCCUUCAUCAUCCUCAUGAUCAUCUCACUGGCCUGGCUCGUAUUUUACUACAUCCAGCGGUUCAGAUAUGCCAACGCCAGGGACCGCAACCAGAGGAGAUUGGGGGAUGCGGCCAAAAAAGCCAUCAGCCAGUUACAAGUGCGAACCAUCAGGAAAGGCGAUCAGGAAACGGAGAGUGAUUUUGAUAACUGUGCCGUGUGUAUCGAGGGCUAUAAACAAAAUGAUGUAGUGAGAAUCUUACCCUGCAGGCAUCUCUUUCAUAAGUGUUGUGUUGACCCAUGGUUGGUGGACCAUCGUACGUGUCCCAUGUGCAAAAUGAACAUCCUCAAAGCUCUAGGCCUUACGUCGAGUGCAGAGUGUUUGAAUGAACUUCCUCUGGAAUACGAGCUCGCCGUGGGGGGCGUGGCUCUCAACGCCAUGGUGAUGAGCAAUGAUGUCAUGCCCGGGGAUGUCGCCGGGGGGCGGGACCCUGGUGUCAGGAUGGUGGGUCUCCCUCAGGUUCUCCUGGACUCAGAGCCGCUGUCCCAGGACACCAUGCCAACUGAACAAAGUGAGCUACAGCCGAUAGCCUGUGGCAGUUCAGAGGGGUCUCUUGCUACAGGGGCGGGGCAUUCGGACAUUGACACGCCCUCUGAAGAGAACAAGUGCUGAACCAGCCACACCCACUUGUGCUAUGGAUCUGUAGUUUGGGUUGCCCAUGUGAACCGGUGCAGGUGGCAACGGGCUUUAAUCUCAGUGGAAUUUUGGCCAGUAACUCUCAAUAUAACUCAUUGCCCCUGAAAACAUUAUUUUCGUCUUUUCUUCCUUUCUAUUGCUCUGGGAACUCUGUUCCCUUUUUUAAACGAACGGCCAAUUUAGAGCCCACUAGAGGGUAAAGCACUUGUUCGGUAUCGGCAGACAAUCCGUUCUGCUCUGCUUGACAAUCAAACCGUCACUCUCCAGUCUUUCCUACUGUUGCAGUUUUACCGUCGUCUCUGAUCCCAGUGCAGAGGACGGAGCGCAUUGAAGACUAUUUUGAAUCUGAAAAAAGGUGGUUUAUUUUUCUAUUGAGAUGCGUUUGAUGUGCUCAAGUCCUGCAGUAUUAAAAGAGUGUCAGUAUUUAGAUGCCUUCUUGGAGGAGGACGUCCGGGUUUAGGAUUUGACCCUCACCAAAGACACCAGACAAGAGCAUGUGAUUUCAGACAUUGUUGAUUUGGGAGGAAGGAAAACUGUGGAACUUUCUAGGAAGUGCUGUUUGGAUUCUGUGGACUGGGACAUGUGAUGUUUGCUGUGCAUGCCACAUGCCCGCUUCACCUGUGUUUGGAUUUUAGUGGACUCCAUUUUAAAGGGAUAGUGCACCCAAAAAUGAAAGUUACGUCAUUAUUUACUCAACAUCAUGUCGGUCCAAACCCAUAGGUCUGUUAUAUGUUCUUUAGAGCAUGAAAGCAGAAUUUUCGAAAAAUCUCCACACAGUUCUUUUCCAUACAACAACAGUUAUGUCAAGCUCCUAAAAGGACAACAAGUCAUAAGUGUUCCAUAUGACCAAGUCGCCAUACGAUAGUUGCUGUUAUUCACUGAUAAUCUUUCGAUUCCAAAAUGCCAUGCCGUACCAAGUUUAACGACUUCGAUGGCAAAUGUUAAUGGUUCUUGUGCAUGUCUAAGCAAACUCGAUGCAUUAGUGAGAGUAUGUGGAAUGGAGAAUGUGAUUAUAACACUCUGGCAGAGGGGAAGAUUUUCAGUGAAUAACGACUUAAAAGGGAAAUUUCACUGAAAAUGUUUAAUUAUCUCAUGAUUUACUCACUCUCAUGCUAUUCCGGAUGUGUAUGACUAUCUGUCUUCGGCAGAACACAAAUGAAGAUUUUUAGAAAAAUAUUUCAGCCCGGUUGGUCCUUACAAUGCAAGUUAAUGGUGACCAGAACUUUGAAGCGCAUAAAGGUAGCAUAAAAGUUAAUUUUAAGGUUUAAUCCAUGUCCUCAGAAGUACUCAAAUUGAUAUUGGCUGAGAACAGACCAAAAUAUUCAUCCCCCUCCCCUGUAAAUCUUGACAUCAGCAGUCUCCUUGGCGAUCUUGAUUUUCAUGAUGUUUGGACCUUCAAAGUCCUGGUCACCAUUCACUUGCAUUGUGAGGACCAACAGAGCUGAGAUAUUCUUUCUUAAAAUCUUCAUUUGUGUUCUGCAGAAGAAGAAAAAGUCUACAUCUGGCAUGGCACGAGGAUGAGUAAAUCACGAGUUUUAAUUUUUGGGUGAACUAUCCCUUUAAUAUUCAGUCUUUCCUCACAGAAAACAAUCGAAUGACUUCAGAAGACUUGGAAUGAUGUGAAUGAGUCAUUUGUACCACUUUCAUGGCUUUUUAAUAGUGUCCGACAGACUUGGUCACAAUGAACGGUCAUUUUAUGGAAAAGAGCUGCGCGAAGAUUCUACGGAAACUCUCCUUUUGUGUUCUACAGAAGAAUCCAAGUGAUAUGAGAUGUAUAGUGACACGAGGGUGAGUAAAUAGUGACAGAUGUUUCAUUUUUUUUGGUGAACUGUUGCUUUAAACCUGUAACCUGUUCUUCCUCGUUUGGUUUAACUGUACAUCGUAAAUUAUUUUGUCUAUAUAUGAGACCCGUUUUGUUUUUCUCCUUAAUUGCCAUGUUUUCCCUCAUGCACUUUAUGUAUUUAGAGACUGAAUUUAAUUUGAGAUUGAGAUUCUGAUUUGAGUCACGAGUUUGUAUAUUCACUCACAUGUAAAUGCACACAAGUUCACCCCCUUUACUGGACGUGGACACCACCUUGAAUGAAACACACCAACUUAAAUUCCUCCCUUCUCAUUUACACACAUGCAUACAGGACAGAUUUGUUCCCAUGGCUUCUGCCCUUUCAUGGUCAAUAUUUUGCACGUGUUUUCAGUCGGACUGCUUUGAAUAUUAAUAAAUUUUAAUGUUCAUUUUUU